CAAUAUUCAUUCAACGAACAACAGCUUGUUCAUAAAGACGAAAACAGACGACUAGUUUUGCAUAAAUUGCGAAAACUUUACCUCAAAAUAUUGUAUACAUUUCAAUUUAACCUUUUAAAUAUAAUACACAAAUUAAGGCAAACUUUUCUUACUUUUUAAAACGCUAAAAAAUCAUACAUUUUCUCAAAAUGAUUUCUAAAUCUUCUUCAAAUUUUUACACACUUUCCCUGCUCCUUUUCUCCACCUUAAUCGCAUUAAUCUCCGCCGCACCAUCGGCACAUCCCAACAAUGCCGUCAUCCCACCCGAAAUCCUGCUCGAAAUCGAAACCAUUAUCCGCGCCUCGAUGGAACGCCAACACGUUCCCGCUUUUGGAAUCUCACUCGUCAAAGGAGACGCCACCUACGCCAAGACGUACGGUUUGCGGGACGUUGAGAGCAACAUUCCCGCUGAUGGGAACACCCUUUUUGCCAUCGGAUCGCUCUCCAAGGCCUUCGCCGCGCUCGUCGUGACGCGAACGUUGCGCGACUUGCACCCCGAAAUGGGCGAGGCCGUGCUGGACACGCCCAUCGCGACCUUAGCGCCCUCGUUCAACUUGACCCUGGGGGACCGAUACCGGUCAGAACAGGUGACCUUCAGAGACCUCCUCGCCCACAGGGUGUGCGCCCUCCAGGAACUUUCCGGCCUCUUGGCGCAAGCGUAUGAAGGGAAGGACGACUUUUAUUAUCGCUACCGCUACGCCCCGGAAGAAUGCACAUUCCGAAAUGGGAUGGCGUACAGCAACGCGUUGAUCGCGCUGUCUGGUGAAAUCGUGGCGCACAUGGUCAAUACCACAUAUGAAGAGUUGUUGACCCAACUUCUCGUUGACCUCGGGAUGACCGGGACGACCUGGAUAAGGGCGAGUGACGACCAUAACAAUAUGAUGCAUCGUGCCGUCCCCUACAUCUGGAAGGAGGGGAGGUUACAGCGAUACAAUACAGAACUAAUGAAGCUUAUCGCACCAAUUUUUGGGGGCGGCGGGAUGCUUUCUUGUGUCAACGACAUGGUCAAAUACAUCCAGUUGUAUGCACGCAAUGGAAAAAUUGGAGAUAAUCAAGUCAUACCGGAGGAGGUGAUGAAAUGGAUGACCACAAUUUCAAACAAUGGUUACAGUGGGUCCACAAAAACGAUGGACAAUCCCGAUACCACGCUGGACAUCAGUGUCGGAUAUGGGCUCGCUUUAUACUCGGGAAUUUUUGAUGGUUGGCGCAGAAUCGGCCACGGGGGUUAUCUGCCGCCAUUCCAGUCAUCCUUCUAUUCCUAUCCAGAUCUCGGAAUUAGCAUCUUCAUAACUUCCAACGGUCCAGGAAUGUUGCUCGAAUCGGAGGAAGUCAAAACUCAAAUUUUUUACUUAUUGUCCGGAUUACCAAGGCCACAAGAAGCCCCCAAAAACCAACCCGACCACACAAUGCAGCACGAACUCUCCUUUUACACCGGGAACAAAUUCACCAAUCCGAAACCUACAAAGAACAGCGUCGCAAAAUCACAAGUUAAGAUCACACUUGAUCAAGCCGUCGGUUCGUACGGGAGUGGCUUCAACGGUGAGAUGACCAUUACGCUUCGCACGAAUUCCGUCGGGAUUCCGCAACUUUACUGGAGCUAUGGGCGAAUGGCGGAGGGUUGGCUGGUCCAAAUCGCCCCCAACAGGUUCGUCCUCACCAAGUGGGCGUCCGACUUUUGGAUGAUUUAUUGGGCCACGGGGAUCGGUUUUGGCGCGGUGGAAAUCAAUUUCUUGGACAUUGACACCCUCCAAUAUUCCGAACUUGGCCUCGUUCUUUCCACUAAUUUUAAGAGGGGGUUAAAAUUAGAUGAUUUGCCCGUUAUUCCAUGGCAACCGGACAGCUGUGGGAGUAGCAAAUAGUGGAAGGAUACAUAAGUGUUAAUGUAGAAAUUAGUUUUUUAUACGUAAAUUGACGCCUCAUAUGAUCUCAUCUUUGUCAAGUUGGGGUUAACAAGCUGUGAUAAAUAAACAUUGAUAUAAAUUCGUUAAUUUAUGUAAAUGUUUCUUUGUAUGAAAAAUAAAUAAAUUAUGAUAACAAAAA